GGAGCUACCAGAAAAAAAUCACAGCUGAGUCUGGACAGAACGCCACUCUGCCAUGUCGAGUGCCAAACAACAACAAACCGAUUAUUGUUGUAGAGUGGAGCAGAGCUGACCUGGGAAAUGAAUAUGUCCUUUUCUACCGGGACAAGAAAUUUGAUCCAGAACACCAGCAUUCAUCGUUUGUGGGUCGGGUGGAUCUGCAGGACAAACACAUGAAGGAUGGAAAUGUGUCUUUGAUUCUGAAGGAUGUGACGAGAAACGACAGUGGAAGAUACGAGUGUCGUGUCUUCAGGAGAGGAAUGAUUCGAAGGAAGCGAGCGAAUCUGGACACUGACCCCAUCAGCAUCAUCUACCUGAGUGUUGUUGAUCCUCCAGGUCAGACAGGAGGACACACAGAGGAUGGAUCUGUUGGACUGAUAGUUGAUGGGAAAAUCAUCAAAGCUGAGCCUGGACAGAACGUCACUCUGCCAUGUCAAACUCCAAACAUCAGCGUGCCCAUCAGAUCUGUGGAGUGGUUCCGACUUGACCUGCAGGAAGGACAUGUCCUUACAUACCGGGGUGAGCAGUUUAUUUCAUUGAACCAGCUUCCAUCGUUUGUGAACCGGGUGGAUCUGAAGGACAGACGGAUGAAGGACGGAGACGUGUCUUUGGUUCUGAAGGAUGUGACGAGUGACGACACUGGAACAUUUCAGUGUUACGUCGUCCAGAGAGGAACAAAUGGCAGGAAAAGCAUUCUUGAUCAUAUCAGCACCGUCUACCUGAGAGUUGUUCCUCCAGGUCAGACAGGAGGACACAGGAAAAGUGAAGGGAACGAGGAUGUAUCCUCUGGAUUGGACUUUUGUUUAACAGUUAGUGUUAUACUUGUUACACUAGCUCUUGCUUUUUUUAUGACCUUGACAAUACCCAAAACACAGGAGAAGAAGAUUUGAUUCAGCCAUCAGAUGACUCGACAGGUGAGCCUUAAGUCACCUACCCACUACAUUGGACAUCGGAUAGACGUCCAUAUUAUGUCUAUAUUGGGUCCAUCGGCACAUGACCAAUUCUGGACAUCUAUAUAUCCAAACUAGGUCCACAACUUGAACAUUAAAACACUAGAUUUCAGUAGACAUCGAAAAAAAAGACCUCAGCUGGUGUUAAAUGGCAGAUAAAAGUCACUCCGAGGUCAAUUUGCUCAGUGGGUCGCUAGCAGCAGUGAGUUGUAGAUGUCUAACAGAUCUUGAAUUUAUUUAGUGUUUCUUCAGAAACAUUUUUAAAGAGAUUAAAAAAUAAAUAAAUGAAAUUAAGUGUUUUCUUUUCCAAGAUUGUUUCGCUCUUAAUAAGCAGUAAUUUCAAUCAAGGAUGGAUGUAAUCAAGUCUUCAUAGAGCAGCCAGUCCCAAAUGACUGCUACAAUCCAUUUUCACCAAAAGUUAUUUUUUAUUUCCAGAAUUAUUUCUAUCAUUAUGUUUUCAUUUAUUAGUUUCAUAAUUUACAUUUUUGGGAAGUACUGUGUGUCACCUACAAAUGUAUGAUCACAUACAUCAUGUUGAAACAGGAUUUCUACAUGAUCUAGUUCUCAUUCGUUUUGUUUCUACGCUGUACAUACAGCCUGAUAUAUAUUUAUUUUGGGAGUGUUGGGAUUAAAUAAUUUGCAGUGCCUCAAUAAUGCUAUGCUUUUAUUAAUAAGUGUUAUAAAGUUAUAUAGAGUAGUAUUAAGUGGACACAGCCCUGAAAAAUAAAGGCAUUAGACCAUGUGUCCUUGGAGAGUAGAAAGCUGCAGACUCUCGCCCAUGCAUGCCUGGGAAAAUGUAGAUAAGAGAGGACCAUCUCUAGUGGAAAGUUACUGAGACACUGUUGUUUAGACUAGAAUGAGAGAGCUUCUGUAAUAAAACUGUUAGUGUCAUGCAGGACGCAUCUCCCUUCUAGAAGUAAUGUGAAAGAGAAAUAAAGAGUUAAAUGGUCUCAGUGUACCACUGAGCAGUGUUUUGUCUUCCAUCCGAUGCCUCUGAGGAAUCAAAAGAACUCGGUGAAGUGUUGAUAUUUAUAUUUACAGGAGAUGGUGGAACAUGUUUGGUUGUCACUGUCAGACAUUGUGUAUUGUUGCAUGUGUUCACAGAUAAAGAGAGUUUACAAAGUGAAUAAUAAGCAGGUUAAUCAGUGUUAGUGCGACUGCUCAGAUAUAUUAUUGAGGCUGCAGAGCAGGAGGAUUUAGUUGUAAGUUACACUGUAUGUAAAAGGGACCAACAUACGGUCAUUAUUUAGUAAAUUUGUACCUAAACAAACAAGAUAACCAGAUGGGUUAAAA